UACAUCAUCAUCCCAUCGGAGCCUGGCUACAGGAGCUUCGCAUCCUCACACAGCUUCCGCUCCUCAGAUGAAAAGCGGAAAAUAUUUGGACUGCGGAAAAUUGUGCGCAUGACCUUAACAUGUCAAAACAGAAUAAAUGUCCUGGGAUAAUAGCAUCCUCGUAGAUUUCCCAUACAUUUUUAACGUGACCGCUUAGAACUAGGACCAGAAUGUAGUUGUGUUGCAAUGGAGCCGAGUUUUGCUGUGGCACGUCAUGUGGGAGCAGACACAAGGAUAUCAGCCUCAUUGGGUCAGCGUUCAGGACGAAGAUUUGUCUAAGUUCGAGUAGAGUGGCGAGGAGAUAACAUUUGGUGAAAGUGAGGGGAGGUGGAUGACACUUAAAAUAAAUGUUGAUCAGCGAUUCGACAAUGAUUAAAGAAAACUAGUUAACAAUGGUGAAGCGUCGUAGCAACGUGAAACGCGACGUUAUCAAAUAUACUUUUUUCUUCUCGAUCGCUUGCUUAUUCGUCUACACAUUUAUCGGCUACAAAUAUGGAACUCGAUUUUUCCAGAUACAAAGAACCAGUUCAGAUGAAUACGUAGUCCUAAGGAAUAACAACACUAGCGAAACAUUUUUUAUCAACACUCUAGGUUGUAAAAUGCCCACAUUCGGGGCCAUAGAUACUAGCACGGUGAGGAACUCACUGCACCCGAUGCCAAGAAUUGAAUGCCAAAAUCCACUAUUUAUCUCGAAUCGAAGUAAUCUAGUUUCAACCAUUAGAACUAACGAUUUAUCUAAAUUUUACAAUAUAACGGAUGUUGACCAAGUAAGCUGCGAUUACGCGGAAAUAAAGAGAAGGGACGACAACUCGAACAGGAUAUCCGACCGAAGUUUCGCAAUAGAGUUGCGCAACAUAACCCAAGUUAACAGUGAAUUCAUUAGAGUAGAGUGUAAGGUUGCCGAAAAUAAGAUUUUUUACAAGGACUUUCAGUUAUUCGCUCCUGUGAAAUAUAGCCCCGAAGGAAGCCCGUUCAGUGAAGGUAGGGUCUCUGUGCUGGUGAUUGGACUCAGCACCCUAUCAAGAUUGAGCUUUCAUCGCGACAUGCCGCUUACCUCGAAGGCUCUGCUUGACGAGUUGGGUGGUAUCGAACUUCUGGGGUAUAACAAAGUAGGCGAGGAUGCGUACGCCAAUAUGGUUCCCGCACUCACAGGCUUGGAUACCAAUGAACUCAGUGGGGCGUGUUUGCCCAAUGGAAUAAACUCAACUUAUGAUAGAUGUCCGUUCAUAUGGAGACGAUUUCGGGAUAGAAAAUUCCAAACUGUGUUCGCUGAAAACAUUGCUCGCCAUGGUUUGUUCAAUUCUGGUCGACAAGGAUUCAAUGCGACGCCUACGGAUUAUUACCUCAGACCAAUAAUGCUAGAAAUGGAGAAAGCUAAUGUGCACAACAAAAAAGCGGGCAUGAAUAUGUGCUUGGGAAGCCAUAGACCGUCAGACAUUCUGUUGGAGUACCUGGAGAAAUUAGUCCCUAAUUUCUUGAAGGAUUAUUUUUUCUCCUUCUUCUGGCUUAGUAGUGUGAACCAUCAUUUUCUCAGUAUGCCUGCCCUUAUUGAUGAGGACAUGCGGGACCUGAUUAUGCUUUUGAAUAGAACCGGUGUGCUCAACACUACGAUCGUGUUCUUCAUGAGCGAUCGUGGCUCGAAAGCUAGCUCCCAGAAGACUUAUCAAGGAAUAAUGGAGGAACGCCUUCCACUUCUGCUGGUGCUUCUACCUCAGUGGUUCAACAUAACUUACCCCCUAGCGGCGUUCAAUCUAAAACAAAACGCAAAGAAACUCACAUCACAUUUUGAUUUGCACGCAACCCUUGUGGAUUUGUUAAACCUGAAAUCCCUUUCAUCGUACAAUAUCCGAAGAAGGUCCAGCGAAUUCCUGGAUGGAGAUUCAUUGCCGCGUGGGAUCAGUUUAUUCUUAAAUAUCCCGAAUACAAGGAACUGUGAGAAAGCUGGAAUAGCAAGCAUUUUCUGCACUUGCUACAAAAGACGGAAGAUAGUAACCAAUGACGCUAGAGUGCAGAGGGUGGCGCGGUUUAUUGUUCAUCAUAUUAACAAGAUGUUGAAUCCGUAUCCGCAAUGUCGGUCUUUGUAUUUGAAUUCGAUCUUUGAGGCGAGCAUUGGAUCCUCGGAAUCAAAUGUGCUGAGGGAACCAGAUUGGAAUGUCCUGGCGGAUAUCACGACCAGAUUGCAGACGAAACCUGGAUUUGCGGAAUACCAAGCAACAGUUCGGGUUUUCAAUGAACAAAUGAAUUUGACGGGGACAAUUCGAUUGGUAAACUCUUAUCCGAGGCAGGGCUAUUGUAUUGAUGAUUAUGCAAUAAAGAUGUUUUGUUACUGUGAGAAAUAA